GUCGCGUGCAAUCGAGUAUAGUCAUCGGCCGCCGCUCGUAUCUCGCUGAUAACACUGCGAGCCGCGCCGGCGAAGAAAUUCACGCGAAGAGAAGACGAAUUUAGUGUUAAGUGAUCUACGACGCAAGGAUGCAACUCAAAGUGAUACAUUAAACAUUAAUAUAGAAAUAAAUAAAUAUUCAGUGAUUUUUUGUGAGGAAAGAAAAGUUGGAAAGUGAUAAAAGAAUUUAUUCUUCUAAGAACAAAAAAUCAGAAUAAAACAAAUGGAUAAAUAAAAUAAUCAAACAUAAGCCCUUCGAUUGUAUUAGAGGACAUCACGAUUCACGACUUUUAUUCAAUGCCUUCACCGCUAAAAAUCACCUGUAGUAACCGUGAAUACAACUAGACAGAGAGCGAACAAAACACAAUUUUCUCAAGAUGAUCGCUAAUCAAUUGAUGCACAUCAAAAAGAUCUGGAAUUACGGCAUAGGACGAACGAUCAUAGCUGUUUUCUGCGUACACUCAGUAUCCAUAUCAAUAGGGAUCUGCCAAGGAUAUAGCGCAAUCCUACUGCCACAACUGAACAAAUCGAAUGAAUAUGAUUUAACGGCUGAAGAAAUGUCUUGGAUAGCUAGUCUCGGAGUAAUCACGAACCCAUUCGGUUCAAUCCUCUCCGGCCUGCUCGCAGACUACUUCGGUCGUAAACUCUCCAUCCAACUAUCAACACUACCCUUCAUCGCAGGCUGGUUAUGCAUCGCCUUUUCUUCCAACAUCUACCACUUAUACGCCGGACGUCUAAUCACCGGCAUAGCAGCUGGUAUGUCAGCUGCCUGCUACACCUACGUCUCCGAGGUCUCAGAACCCCAACACCGUGGGUUAUUCCAAGCCCUAGGCCCAGUCUCAGCCUCCUUCGGCAUCCUCUUCACCUAUGUCUUCGGAACAUUCUUCCACUGGCACUUCGUCGCAUUCAUAUCCCUAACAUUCGCAAUCUUCACAAUAAUCAGCGUACAUUUCGUGCCUGAAAGCCCAGCUUACCUCAUCUCAACCAACAAAUCAAAAUCAAAAGAGAAGACAUUCGACUCCAUUAUGUGGUUUAGACGGAGUGUAGCCCAAGCCCAACAGGAAUACCAAACACUCUGGGCUCAAACCCACACCGAUCCAAAAUCAGACAAACGUUGUCCUAACCUCAAAAACUACUUCAAAGCAAACACAGUGAAACCAUUCAUAAUCAUGGUAGUUUUAUUCUUCCUACAAGAAAUGUCAGGGAUCUACACAGUGUUAUUCUACGCGGUGAAUUUCUUCCAGGAAGCAGACUUAUCUCUCGAUGAGAAUGUCUCUUCUAUUAUCGUAGGUCUAAUCAGAUUUGCCAUGUCAAUCAUAGCAGCGUUUCUUAUAAACAAAUUCAAUAGAAGGACGUUAUGUAUGGUAUCAUCCGGUGGGAUGGCGCUGACACUCGGCGCCAUCUUGAUUUCUAACCUAGCUGUCACAAUCAAUCAUGAUCUUAUAUCAAACAUAACCUCACAACAAAUCUUACAAAUAUUUCAAUUGAUUUGUAUUUUGUUGAAUGUUUUGUUUUCUAUGACUGGAAUGCUUCCGAUUCCUUGGAUUUUAGUCGGGGAAAUGUUUCCGAUGUCUGUGAGGUGUAUAAUGUCCGGUUUAGUCAUAUGCAUCGCGCAGUGUUUUAUAUUUUUAUCAGUUAAAAUCUAUCCAGAAAUGAUUUCACAGCUGUCGUUUCAAGGAACAGUUGGUAUUUUUGCUAUUUCAUCACUUUUAGCGCUUUUAUUCACGAAAUUCUUCCUUCCGGAGACUAAAAACAAAACUUUAGAAGAAAUAGAACAAUAUUUUACUGAUUCUUUGCUGGGGUCUGAUAAUCCUGAGAAGCAAAUGGAACAAAAUGCUUUCCGGAAGUUUUCAUUACAACACCACCGGAAGUCUAUUGAUUUAUUCAAUCAAAGUAAUAAAUUAAAGUCUUUUAAAGAUACAAAUAAUGUGAUUGUUGUUAAACCGGGGUCGAAUGGUGUGGUUAAUGAAGCUUUUGAUCAAAAGUAUGAAUGUUUUGAUGGACGUUUAGAUUCGUCUAAGAAUCGAAGAAGAAGUACGAGUAUGAUUAAGAUUAAUUAAUUAUUUACUUAAUUAUGAUUGGAAUAUUAUUAGAUGUAUAAUGAUAUUGUGAUAAUAUGAAUCUUUUAGUUUUAAUUCUUCAGUAUUAUUAAAGUAUCUUUUAUUGUAUUUUUUGUUGUUAUAAAUGCAAUCAUUUUUGCUAUGCACUACAAUGAAUGGAUUUUUAAUUGAAUAAUAAGUUUAUAAUUGUUGUUAGGUUUGGUUAUGAGAUUAUUAAGUAUGAAUAAAUUAUUGGUAUAAAA